AAGACUCAUGAAUGAUAUCAGUUUGCUCGGGUCUUCCCUAUAUUCAUCACGUUGAUUUAAAAUAGGAACUUCAGUCUCAAGAAUAAUGCCGCGCACCAAUGAAUAUGGUCAAACCAUCGGUGAUGCUGUGCCUGGCUGGACGAUUCGUGCUGAACCACAAAAAGUGACGCUAAUUGGUCGCACGUGUCGAUUGGAACCACUUGAGGCCAAACAUACCAACGAUCUAUAUGCGUCCUACAGCCAAUCCAACGAUGGGCGAGACUUUACUUACCUCGCAAUUGAAGCGUUCAAAAAUAUCGAAGAGCUUCGCAACUACGUCGAAAAAACAGUGAAAGAACCCGGAAGAUUUUCUUUUGCCAUCAUUCAUGCUUCCGGCAAAGCUGUGGGAAUGAUUUCACUGUUGCGAGCCGAUCGUGUAAAUGGAUCAGUUGAAGUGGGUCGCGUUGUCUUCUCUCCAUUAUUGAAACAAUCCAUUGCUUCCACUGAAGCACAAUAUCUUCUCAUGGCCUAUGUAUUCGAUGGACUUGGUUAUCGUCGAUAUGAGUGGAAGUGUGACACUUUCCAUGCUCAGUCGCGUAGAGCUGCCGAACGGUUGGGUUUCACUUUUGAAGGGAUAUUUCGUAAAGUGAUCGUCGUCAAAGGUCGUAAUCGAGACUCAGCAUGGUUUUCAAUCAUCGAUAGUGAUUGGCCAAAAAUAAAGGAAGCAUUUCAAAAAUGGUUGGCUCCCGAGAAUUUUGAUGCUGAGGGUCGCCAAAUAAAACGACUACAAAACAUACAAAAAAACAUAGAGAAUAUUGUUUUUACAUAAUCAAAGUACACAAAAAACACGACUCAGUCCAAAGGUUAAACAUGUUCAUGUUUAAAAUUGAAUUUUCAUUCUUUGGAAUAAAAGUGUUUUACAAACGAAUU